ACAACAAAACUAGUGACGUCAUAUAGCAACAACACACAGCAUUUUCAUGGCGGCAUAGCUGUAUCAAAACCAUAACAGCUAAACCAGGUGUCAACAAUGGGUAAAAAGGUCAAAGAAGACAAGAAACCUCCUCCAGAUGACGUGUUUGAUGUGGUAGCCCUAGAAAGUCGACAGGCUGGGACUGUGGUUCUUAUGCUGAACAGCCCAGAGGAGGAAGUUCAGGCUAAAGCUUGUGAGGCCAUUUACAAGUUUGUGGAGAAAUGUGACGAGAACAGAAAACAGCUCCUGGACUUGGGAGCUGGAGAUCCUUUGUUACAGCUGAUGCAGAGUGAGGAUAGACUUGUCCGUAGAAAUGCCUGUAUGGCUAUGGGUUCCAUGACAGCUCAGCCUGAUGUUCGGAAAUACCUCAGGAAAAAAGAAAGGAGUAUACCCACCUUUAUAUCCUUGUUAGCACCAGAAGAAGAUUCAGUGUGCCAUGAGUUCUCAGCGCUUGGCCUGUCCAAUAUGGCCACAGAGUUUAGCAGCAAGUCAGCGAUCUAUGAAAAUGGUGGAAUAGAGCCGUUGGUCAAGUGUCUCACCUCUAAUGACCCUGAUGUCCAGAAAAAUGGAAUUGAGGCUCUUGCACAGAUGAUGAUGGACUACCAAACACGAGCCUCCAUCAAAGAUGCAGAAGGAUUAGCUCCCAUGUUGGAUCUACUUAAGUCAGAAUUUCAAAUCGUCCAGAAACUGGCACUGCUUGCCCUAGACAGGGCGUCACAAGAUGCUGAAAAUCGUGGGGCCCUAAGAGAACUGGAGGCCAUGUCCAGACUAAUAGACUUUGUGGCCAAACCUGAGCUGAACGAUCUCCACGUGAUGGCUGUCAUGGUCCUCUCAAAUCUCCUAGAGGAUUUGGAAAGCUUAGAGGAAGUGAAGGAGACCGGGGGACUCAAACGUCUGGUGGCCCUCAUCACAGAUCAGACUCCACCUGAAGAGGAGCCAAAGGGUGGGAAAGGCGAGAAAAAAGCUGGUUCUAGGGCAGCUAAGAAGAGUGCCAAGGAUGGUAAAAAGGGUGGUUCAGAACCAGAUAAAGAUGAUGCACCUCCAGGGGAAGCCAUCAUCCCCACCUUACCUGAUGUCAAGAUGUGUGCUGCCAAAGCCAUCGCUCGCUCAGCCAGAAAUGCUGAGAACAGAAAGAUCUUACAUGAACAGGAAGCAGAGAAGAUGUUGAUACAUUUACUAGCUCACGAGUCUACAGAGGUACAGACUGCUGCUGCCCAGGCCCUCGCGGUCAUGUCCGAGAAUCUCAUGUCAAAGGAUUCCAUUAGGGAAUGGGAUGGUAUGCAGCCAUUAAUUAAACUACUCAACUCUGAGAAUGGAGAUGUAAAAGAAGGUGCAUCUUUAGCAUUAGCUAACCUCACCACCUCUAACAGUACAAACUCUCAUGAAGUCAGUAAUUUCAGUGGUACAGAAAUUUUGGUAAAUCUGUUGACCGAUCCACGGGAGGAGGUGGUGGCAAAUGCAGCAUGUGUCCUUACCAAUAUGGCUACUGAGGAAGCUCUCCGCAUGGAAGCCCAGGGGAAAGGGGUUGUCACCACCCUAAUAGAAGGUCUAAAAUCCAAAAAUACAUCGGUCCAGGCCAAAACGGCCUUGUGUGUAGCUGCCUAUGUCUGUGAUUCUGACUCAAGAGCAGAGUUCCGAAAUGCAAGUGGAAUAGAACACCUAGUCAUACUGUUGCAUUCUGGGAAUGAUGAAGUGCGGCGGAAUGCAUCAUGGGCUAUCACAGUGUGUGCAGUAGACGAACCAACAGCUACAGAAGUGUGUAAACUAGGAGGUAUGGAGAUCCUUCAAGACAUCCAGGUCUCUGGCACCAGGAAGAAUCCUUUUGCUGAAGCAGCCUUGGAACGUCUUCUAGAUAGUAAUCUGUCAGCCAAAUACGCCCUCACAGGAAACCUCAGCUCAACAAACUUCAUAGAGAAUGGUUUCUAUGAUGCUGGACAGCUGAGGCCAGGCAGCAAAUUCAUGACACUUGAGGAGUGUUGUAAACAAGAUCUAAACGACAAACGUGCUAUACUCCUGGUCAACGCUAAGGCAGCUCCAGCUGCACAACAGUCCUCGUCCCAACAGGAUGUAGAAGUCAAACAGGACAGCUCCAAGACAAGUGUCUCCGGAAAGUCCUCUAGAACGGGACGUGAAUCUAAAGCUGCAUCACCACCAUAUUCUGGGAAGAGUCGGUCCCAGAGAGAUCGCGAGGAAAAACAGCGUGAGGAAGAAAUGCAAGCUCAGUUACUGAAGGAAGCCAUGUCACAGGGUGGCAGGGAGAACAAGCCCUUCGAACUUCCCGCAGACCCAGCUCUACUCAAAUAUAUGGAGGAGGUGACAGAGAAGAUCCAGCCCAUAUCCUCUGUCCAUGAACAAGUCACCACACUGGCCAGGUUUGUGGCAGAAAAGAUGGGAGGCUCUAUAGAGAAGGGACAGCUUACAAACUUCAGCUGGGAACUUCCAAUUGGUCAGAUCAAGUUUGAGCUGAAAUCCAACGUUGUCCCAAUCGGCAAGAUCAAAACUGGCAUACACAUCCAUCGAGCUCUCCUCUUCAAGGCCCUAGCUGACCAGAUAGCUGUGCCCUGCACAUUGACCAGAGGAGAGUACAAUCGAGCCUGGAACGAGAUCAUGUUGCCCGAUAGUGACCCAACGCCUGGUGCCCCGAAGUUUCCACCAAGAGCAUAUAUAGUAGAUCUGAUCCACGACCCUGGACACCUAAUGAAGUCAGAUACUCCGGAGGCCAUUACCUACAGGAAAUUAUAGUUAGCAGAUUAAACAGUCAUAGGACAUAUCAGUCGUUAUCAUAAUGCUAAGCAUCAAACUCCCUGGAGAUAUACAUCAACAUUUGUGCAGCGAGACAUACAGGGAAGAUGGAUUGUCAAAGAAGAACAUAUUGACAAGCAAUAUCUGUGAUAAACAAAAAUCUUAGAUACAAAAUACAAACAGAAUUCAAACUGGAACAAUUUAUUACAUUCCUUUGUUUUUGCAUACUGAUUAUUUAUAAUAAUGUUGUCAAUUUUUACAAACAAUUGUUAAAAUUUUCUACAAACAUUUAUGUAUAAUGUUUAUAUGUAAAUAAUAUAUUGUAUAUACAUGUGUAUGUAAUAUUUCUGUGAAUAAAGAUACAUUUCUUCACAAUGAA